GGUUCGUUCAUUUAUAUGGUAAUGUCUACAGUGUGUGUGUCUCAUUAAGUGAUCCAGGUGAAACAACAGCUCACCUAUAUGUUUCUACCUGUGUUUACCUGUUCGGAGCUACUUUGUUAAAUUACAUUUGCUGAGUUUCCUUAAAGUGGAUGACUGUGGAUUCUCUGACCAUCUCUUUAUCUUUUCAUUUAUGUGAUGUGGACUAUACAAAAACUAGUUUUGCUUAAUAAGUGAUUAAAUAUUUAAAAAAGUUUGAUAAUUUCUAUUGGAUUAAAUUAUAUUAUCAAUCGUAGCUACUUGAUUAAAAAAUAAUAUUUCUGGAAAUAUGAUACCACGCACGGAAAAUAAUAAUAAUUGUUUACCAGGUAGACGAAAACCAAACAAUCGUCACAGGUUAAAAAAGAGACUAUCAACGUUACUCCACACACAUGUAGCAUUGAUUUUACUGAGUACAUUAGCUGUUCUUGACGCAGGAUGUGUAAUUGGUCAGAUCAUAUCGGAUAUUCUGAUAAUGAAAGAUGAACUUCAUGAAAAGCAAUUAAUGGAGAGUGAAGCAAAGAAAAUUAUAUUCGAUUUAUUUCCGGGUAGAUUUAAUAGAUCUGGAUACGAUGAGGCGGAGUUUGAGUCGAUACUUCUCAUUUUAAGAGACUGUUUUCAGGAAGUGAAUGGACCUGAAAUUACCCGUAUUCAAAAUAAAUUUGCCGCUGCAGUUGAAAAACAGCUUCAUAAAGGUCAUAACCAUGCCAACCACCAUCACCAUCUACACAAACGAGGCUCUGCUGGAAAUCAUAAACAUACUUUUAAAGACUCACAUAAAAUUUAUACUCAUCACAUUCUGCACGAACUGACACAUGCCUUUCAUUUAGGAAGUUUUGUUAUUUUAACCAUACUUUUAUUAGAGACAUUUCUAAAGGUUUUAGCAAUGGGAAAGAAGUUCUUGAACCAUAAAAUAGAGGUUUUCGAUGCGUUUGUUGUUUUAGUUUCUUGGAUUCUUGAUGUUGCAUUCUGGGAAGGAUUAUGGGCGCAUCCUGAAACGGAAGCAGCCCGAAUAAUGACAAUCAUUCUUCCAUGGAGACUGGUCAGGAUUGUUAACAGUUUUGUAAUGGUGAUACAAGAAAAAGAUCAAGUACAGCUUAAAAUCAUAAAACAACAAUAUAGAGGUUCAGUCAAAAGAGCGAGUGAUAUGAAAAUGAAAGUAGAAUUAUAUAGAAUGGAAAUGCGUCAGCUACAGAGUUUAUGUAGACGUAGAGGUGCUUCCGAAAAAGAAAUUCAGACAUGCGCUCCUGAAGGUAAGCGAAGACGCAGCAGCUUACUUCCUGUUUUAACAAGACUUGCGUCAGUGGGUCUCCUUGGCUCAAUGACAAGUUCAAAUGAUUUAACCAAGGAGGCAGCAUCAAAUGAUACGUCUGAUGAAGAAGAUUCUGCAUUAGAUAUGAACAGCCGUCCAAAUAGUAAUUUUAGUAAUUUUAGUAGUGAUUGCUACAGUUUAGCACGGACUAUAUCAACCGGUAGCAGUGUUUCUGCUAUAGCUUUCCCGUGUAGAGGAAGUGUUGAAAAUUUAGUGAAAGAUAACCCAGCAUUUACAGAAGAUGCAGAAGACGUACCUCCUAAUUAUAGUGAAAUUGAGCGGGAAAUGAAUGAAGAGGAAAACACUCGACUGUAGACUCAAACCGGAAGUCAUUGUUGCACUUUACUAAUUUGGAUACGGUAUUAGAAUGGAAUGAAAGUGUUUGAACGCUUAGAUCCUUAGUCCCUUAUUGUCUGUCGGUAGAUUGUAUUUGUAUCUUUGAAUGAUCAGAUUGUGUUGUUCUACCCGAAACUUGGCAUGAGACAGCAACCGCUCGACUCGUAGAUAUGAAUAAGGAACAGCAUAAUGAAGACACGAGUGGUAUUAACUUUAGGAUGAAAAGUUAACUGAGAGAGACAUCGAGUACUCUUCUGAGCUUUUGUCAACGUGAAAAGUAAAAAGACAAUCAUCUUAACUUAUAUUAUGAUAUUCUCUUUGUAUUCAUCUUUGCUUCUUAGUUUUUUUCCAUCCAAAUAUCAUUAUAAUGCACAUUCUUUUUUCGUUUAUAUAUGCAUUCCAUUUGAUAUUUCAUUAUAUUAAAAAGGCAUUGAUAAAUAUUGAUCAUAGAUUUCAUUCAAGGUAAAUAAGAAAAAUAUAUUUUGAAUAUUCAUUUUAUAAUGUGAUAAAUUGAAAGGUCGUUCUAAUUUUGAUUAAAAUAAGCACGUUUUUUUUGUGUUUUUUUUUCAAAAAGAUAAAAAAAAAAAAGAAUUAACAUAAGUACGAAAGUUUCUGCUCGGAUAACGUUCAUUCACGCACGACUACCCGUUUCAUUUUACAUUCGAUGAAAGUUUAAUAUACCGGUAAAACUAUCACUAUUAGAUAGCGUUUUGUUUGUUAUUUUGCAAAAGGAAUGCAUGUCUCAACGAUCUAUAUUCCAAAAUAUAUGCAAUGCUUGCUAAAACAAUGUUUUCAAAGCAUUUGCGCUUAUUGUUGCUACUUGGAGGAUUUUUCAAAUGUUAUUCCUUUUUUGUAAUAAGAAUUUUUUAUCUCAGUAAUUUAUAUAGAUUAAUUUAGUACUAUUAUCGAAAGAAGGUGUAUAUUUGAACAUGGAAUUAGUUUGGUUGAAAGUACAAUGCCUUUCUUGAUUUUCAAGGUAGAAACUAGCAAAAUUUUGUAAAAAUAUUUGAUUACAUCAAUCUUGGCUGAAAGUCGCCAGAGUACACAAAAGAAAUUUUUAGUUUUAAUGGUUUACUUUCAAGUUUUUUGUUGAGACAAGGGGCGAUAAUUUCCCGCUCAUUUUUCAAAUGAAAUGUGUAUCUGACCUAUUUGGUCUAAAUAAAAUUAAUUUGAUCAAUUAUCAGUAUUAUUGUGUAUCAUUUGAUAACAAUUGAUUUACAAAUAUGUGUGUUUACUCAUGUGUAUAUGUGUAGCGCGUGUGUAUGUUAAUGUAAGAUAUUUAUAUUGUUUGUUUUCAUUUUCCAUCCAUUUUUUUGUUACGGAAUGUAUGCAUAGUUUUCAUCCCUUAAACUACAUUAAUAUCUGCCACUUCACCUCACCACGAUAGCGUUAUUAUAUAUAUAAUAGUCAAAUUCAUCAUCACAAAAAUUAAUUUGUCUUUGGGUAUACCAGUAGAGGACAUGUGUAUGUAACUGUUUCCCCUUUUUGUAGUGUUUUUUAAUACUUAACCCAUGUUAAAUUUUUAUUAACUGGUACCUAUUCUGAAUAAAAAAUUUAAAAAGUGUUUCUCUUGCAGAUGAUUUGGUAAAACGGACCUCAACAGUGCAGGACCAUAUUUUAUUGUAUAAAACAAAAUAUAAUUUCGAUAGUUUUUCUACCUGUUUUUAAUCGACCAAGCAUAUUUUCUCUUAUUUUACUAGGAUAAUUGCUGUUUAAACAUAAAUGAUUUCUAAAUACUGGGGUUUUUUUAAAUGGUCAUGAAUUUUUAAACUAUCUUAAUAAAGAAAGUAUAAUUUGGGAUAAAUAUUGGCCCUGCGCCAACACGGCUUUUAAAAAUGGUAGCUGGAUGACUAUUUUGACUUUGGCGUACUUUAUAAGAUUUGUCAGGUUUAUUCAAAAUAGGCUAAAUCCGCAGUAUUUUGACUUAUUUGAUCAACAACACGAGCUUUGUCAAAAUAGUUUUUCUCAUCGCGUAGUGUAUCAAAAAGUACUAAAAUUAUCAAAUUUUUCAAAACAUAUUUUAGUUUUAAUAUGAUAUACAUUAAAAAUUGACAUUUCGAAAACCUUCUGCUUUGUUUUCACAGGAAUACUUGCUUGUUCCUAACUUGUCAGGUCCGAAUACAACUAUAGAGCAAUCUUAAAUUUUCUUGUUUUCGUUUGAUCUUAUUUCUUUCAAGGGGGAGGGGGAAAUAAAUGCAAGCAAUUAUAAAAUACCUCUAUGUUAGCUUGAACAAAGAACAGUGUUGGAUGACAUUUAUUAUUCCAAAAUAAUAUCUAUAUUUGUCCCAUUAAAAACUUUAAUUGUCUCUCAAUUGUACUAAGACAAUUAGUAAUUUUAUGUAUUAGUUAUUAAGGUCAUAUAUAGGAGGGUCCGGAUGGGGUAUACAUAUCAGAGAAUAAACGACACUAUGAAUACAAAAUAAUGUAAAGUUUAAAGAUUAGAAACAAAGAAUACUUUCAUAAAAUAAGGUUAUAAGUUUAAGAGAGAUGAAAUAAAAUCAGAAUAGGUUGUAACGCGGUUCUAGAUUAUAAAAUAAUUGACAAAACACAAUGAGCAAGGAAUAAAGACCCUCUCCCCUAUCCCUACCCUCAUAUAUAAAUCAAUUUCUUCAAGUUUUAUGUGUGUGUUAGGUUACAUGCAAAUUAUUAUGAAAACUGUUAUGCUAUUUAUCAUCUGAAUUUAGUGUACAUGCAUUGUAUGUUCAAAGCAGUAACAUGAUAAACAAUAUCUUUUUUAUUUUUCUACUUUAAUGUUUAGAAUUUCACUCGCUUUGUAGUAAAAGGAACUUUGCUGACUUUGCUGAUUUCAAUUAAUUCUUUUUAGAGACUGUUUCGAAAUAUAUAAACACAAUUUACUUUUUUGAUUCUUUGAUUAUGUGAUAUUCCUUGAAAAAUCUUUAAAAAAAUCUUGAAAUUGCGCACAAAAAUAACCAUUGAGAAUUGUGACUCCCGUUACAUCCCUGAGCCGUUUUUUGCCUCAAUUAGCGCGAAAGCGUUUAUCCCGUACUCUUUUACCCUCGAGUACAAUUUCAAGUAAAACAUUCGUUAUUACUCUUACUAUUCAGUUCGAGUAUCAACGUAUACAAAAAACGAACAACAAUCUUCUUUUAUAUAUAUAUGUUGAAGAAGAUAAAUUAAAUUUCAACGUUAUAUUUCAAACGUCCUUAACAGUUCAAAAACAUAUUUUGGGACAGUCUCAAAGUCAGGAAAAAGGGGCGAAAAAAUUCAUAUUAUGACUGUGAUAUCUAAUUUGUUACUAAUGAUAUUUGAUUUCUGUUUUUGUUUUACUCCUCAUGGUAAUCAUUAAACCAGAUAUUAAUGCCGUUUUGAAUAAAAAUACAAAAGUAAUUAUA